GCGGCAGCACUGCACCUCCAAGCCUUUCUGUUGUGCCAGCGGUUGGCUACAUCCACCUUUAGAUCCAAUCUCGGCUGCUCCUCGUUAUUGCCCGACUCCACGCAGAGCCCCCGGUCUCCGCGGCAGCUACAUGCAACUGAUACCACUCUCAACACACGAGCAGAGGACCGCCUCGCCACACAGCAACCUUACAGCGAGGUGUUAACUACUUUACAUGCGACUCCGUUAUCUCCGGUGCUCUCGCAAGACUGCCUGCCACUGAAAAGUUUCGGUUGUGGGGAUAAAGGAAACCAAGAACCUUUAAACGGAUUGUUUUGAACUACGUGGUGACCUGAUGAAGAUGACCUCACUGUGAAGAAGAGGAAGAGCCUUCGUCUCCCCCGAACACACGAGCCUCCCCAUUGCGCCGCACCCCAGAAUCCCCCCCCCCAACCCCUCCAGGCGGCCCCCACAUCUCACCAGUCCCCCACACCCCCCCCCCCCCCCCCCAGGAGGACCAAGAUGGACCUGCACAGGGCGGCCUUCAAGAUGGAGAGCUCCUCCUACCUGCCCAACCCGCUGGCGUCCCCGGCCCUCAUGGUCCUAGCGUCCACCGCUGAGGCCAGCCGGGAUGCCUCCAUCCCCUGCCAGCAGCCCCGCCCCUUCGGGGUGCCGGUCUCCGUGGAGAAAGACGUGCACCUGCCCUUUAACAACGGCUCCUACACCUUCGCCUCCAUGUACCACCGCCAGGGCGGCGUCCCCCCCGGCUUCCCCAACCGGGACUUCCCCCCGUCCCUCCUCCACCUCCAUCACCAGUUCGCCCCGCCCAACCUGGACUGCUCCCCCAUCAGCAUGCUGAACCACAGCGGGGUGGGCGCCUUCCGGCCCUUCGCUUCCCCAGAGGACAGAGACGGCGCAGGGGGUUACCAGUCGGCCUUCACCCCGGCCAAGCGCCUCAAAGGCUGCCUGGAGGCGGAUGCCUCGCCCCACCUGCGCUACUCUGACGCCGAGGGGAAAGAAUACGACUUUGGGGGCUCCCAGAUCGCCUCCAGCUCGCCCAGCGCCCUCAAAGCAGUGGAGGACGCUGGGAAAAAGAUUUUCGCCGUGUCGGGCCUGUUGUCGGACCGCGAGACGUCGUCGAGCCCUGAGGACCGCAUCGAACGCUGUAAGAAGAAGAUGAGUCUGUAUGACAGCCAGGCUCCAGUGUGUCCUAUCUGCCAGGUGCUGCUGCGUCCAGGAGAGCUGCAGGAACACAUGGAGCAGGAGAUGGAGCGCCUCACCCACAUGCACCUCAGUAAGACCCCGUCACAGAAAGAUGGAGCAACCACCCCGGGAACUCCCAAGUCCCUGCUGCUGUCAGUGCAUAUCAAGCGUGAGGGCGAGUCACCAGUGGUCUCCCCCCUCUCCUCCGAGGACGCCCACCACUCCGACAGAUACCAGACGUUUUUAAGAGUGCGGGCAAAUAGACAAACACGAUUGAAUGUCGAGGACCUCUGCUGGUGCAGGCGCUACGCCAAGGAAAGUCUCAAAACGGGCACUCCCAUUGGACAGCCCAACGGAGCGCGCCUAGCCCCCUGCUGCCUGCGCCACGCCCGGAUUGGGAAGAUGAAGCGCAGGAGGCCUGAGGAUGGACAGGUAUGUCCUCUAUGCAGCGCGCCCCUGAAAGGCUCCGAGGAGGAGAUGAGUAGACAUGUGGAACUCUGUCUGUUCAAGAGAGAAGGUGCGUUUGGUGCGGAGGACGACUCAGCAGACAUGGACGGGGAGAACGGAACACGCUUCGAAGAGUACGAGUGGUGCGGCCAGAAGAGGGUCCGAGCCACCACCCUGCUGGAGGGAGGCUUCAGAGGAACAGGCUUCGCCAUGUGCAGCACCAAGGAGAGCCAGGACAGCGACGCCGACCUGGAUGUGGACGGUGACGACACCCUGGAGUACGGCAAGGCCCAGUACACAGAGGCUGACAUCAUCCCCUGCUCCGGAGAGGACCAGGGGGACGCCAAGGAGAGGGAGGCCCUGCGAGGAGCCGUGCUCAAUGGGGGCAUGCCGUCCAACAGAAUAACACCAGAGUUCUCCAAAUGGGCCAGUGAUGAGAUGCCGUCUACGAGCAAUGGCGAGGGCAGCAAGGCGGACCCCGGCGCCACCGCCUCCUCCUCCACAUCCUGCUCCUCUUUGGUACCGCGCACCUGUAAAAACAGCGAGAUAGAAAAGAUCACAGAGGACUCGACGGCCACCACCCUGGAGGCCCUGAAGGCUCGCAUCAGAGAGCUGGAGAAACAGAUCCUCAGAGGAGACCGCUACAAGUGUCUCAUCUGCAUGAGGAAGCGUUUCCAAUCAGGGGCUGAAGACAAGAGUCUGGGGGCGGGGCCUCUCGUGGCGGCGGUGGCGCCCAAAGCCGACGCGGCCAGCUCUAAGCCCCUCCCCCUCAGCAUUUACUGUAUGUAUAGAGGCUACGUUAUGGGCUGCGGAGGCGGGAUUAAGAGGCUGCUCCCGCUACGCAGGGACUCAUACACGAUGCCCCUCACCUCCAUCCAGUGCUGGCACGUCCACUGUGAAGAAUGCUGGCUCAGGACUCUGGGAAACAAGAAGCUGUGCCCACAGUGCAACACCAUCACAUCGCCAGGAGACCUGAGACGUGUCUACUUGUGAAGCAAGAUGGCCGCCCGCCCCCCCCCCCCCCCACCCCCGCCCUCACCUGGCUCCAUCCCUUCAUCUCUCCUCUCCUUUUAUUAUUCCCCCGUUUGCGCUCUUUUUCCCGUUUUCGUUUGUGCAGUGUGGUGUGUGAACCGGGGUGGGCGGAGCCUGUUUAGACCAGACACUGAUAGGAGAGAGACUCCUCCCAAUGGAGACCAAACGGACUGAUUUGAAAGACUGGUCAACCAACCAGGUUUGGGAACUCCACACAGCGGUCCACUGGGAUUGGGCAUGCCACAGACAGGGGCGGGACCUUCCUGCCUCCUCUCUCAGCCCCUCCCCCCCACCGCACCCAGCCUCUGUGCUGCCCUCUACAGGUGGACAACAGUAGCGUAGCCCAGCCCUCGGCUCUGCAGGACGGACCACUCUACUGUGCCCUGGCCCCGGCCCCAGCCAGCUCUGCAGCGGGACCAGACAGUCCUCCUUCCCCACCCUAGUCUCUGCUCCACCUCUGUGGGGACCCCGCCCCCCGCCAACCCCUUCCCUCUCUAGCAGCAUGGCUGGACUCUGAGUUGACCCUGAGGAGGGGUGGAGGUGGAGGUGAACUUUAAACCAAACACGCACCCCAGGUUUACCAUCCAAGGGAUUCCUUCUCCUUUUUUGGUCCCUUUCCCCCCCCCCCCUUCCUUCCUUUCUUCUUUAGUGGUGUUCUAGUGAAGUCAACCAAAAUCCCAAGCAACAGUGCAAGCACAUGUAAUAUAGUCUGUGUAUGUUUACAGUGUUGUGUGGAAUUGACAUAGAGUUCACACUUGUAUACAUAUGAACAUACAAAGACAAACACAGACACACACACACAAACAUACACACAGACGUAUAUAUGAUUAAAGUCCAGUUUUAGUUUGACAUGGGGAGAGGGACAAGGAGCGAUGUUAAAAAAUGGCUGACGUUAAAGAAGCCCUGUGUAUUUUUUGAACAGAUGUUGAUGUCUUGAGGUUGAAGUUGUAUUUCAUUGUACAGGAAUAAAUUUAAGUAAUAAUAAUAAACUACUCCAAACUAGAAAUGUCCAGGUUUAGGCGGUGUACAUUUUUCAUUCAGCUACAGUUUACAGUAAACACUGUACCUUUAAGAAAGAAGACCUGUUUGUUUUUGGGGGUUUUCUAUUCUGUUGUUUUCUGUAAUGGUCUGGUUGAAGUUGCCCUAACCCUUCAAGAGGAACAACGAAGGCAUUGACUUGUUCUGUAACUGCAGUGCUAGCCAAACAACACCACCAUCUUUAAACCCCCACAAACCUGCUGUUGUUAACCCCCACUUUUGCUUGUUCUACGUUGUCAUGGCAACACGCUUGUUCAUAUGGGAACACGUAUGGUUCUGUUCUGCCCUUCUCUCUCUGUGUCGACGCCCCGGCGUAAGAUGCUUUUGAAGAAAUAUUGUUGAGUGUUGCACUGCUACGCAGACUAAAACUUCAACCUGGCAACCGCAAGGACAGGUCCUUCCUAUAGCUCUGUGGGGGGGAGGGGGGGGAGGGGGAGGGGAACCUUUGGACCCACAGCGAGGUGGUGGUGUGCUUUGUAUUUGUAAAACUAUGUAUCCUGUGAUGUCUGUAUUGAUGUAAGAGACAAAAAAUAAACACAAGGAAAGAA